AGUUAAAGGGUUAUAAUGUAAAAAAACCUAAUAUCCAAUAUUAGAUUAGACAGCAGACAAAGUAUUGCCCAAAAAAAAAACAGGAGGUUUCGAAAUCAAAAAAUUAAAAGCACAAUUCUCGGAGAUAGAGAUGUCUUUUCCAAGCGAGAGUCUCAUUUGGGUUGGUACUUCAAGCUGACUUCCACCUGCCGUGUGAAGACUUUUAAACACUCUCUCUUUCUCAUUCUCUCUCUCUCUCUCUCUCUCUUUCUUUCUUUGUUUCUUUCUUUCUCGUGUUUUUUCUAAAUUACGAAGAUCGCUUGUCAUCUCCUCUGAUUUUUCUGCGCUCUUUCCUUUUCUCAUGGAUAGUCUUUCAACUUGCUCUAUUCUUUGGAUAUGAUCCUUUCUUUCCUAAAUUAAUCCCUCUUUUACUCCCACAAACUUAGCACAAAGUAUUUGCACAACAUUUUACUUAAUAAGAAGCCAUGGGGUGUUUUCCCUUCUCUGAAGUAGCCAAGAAAGGGGAGCCAAAGGCAAUGAAGGUCGUAUCUAAUUUGUCUUCAAAUUCGGCUCUUGGUGAUGAAGAAGUAAAUAGAUCAGGCUCCGAAUUCAAUUCACAAAAUGUAUCUGAUACAAGCACAGAUUCCAUCAGGAAAAACUCGUUUUUUAGCAUGUCUCAGAGAUCAACAUCCAAUCUAAGAGUCUUCAAAUUUCAAGAGCUAAAGUCUGCCACCAAAGGUUUCAGUCGAUCUGUUAGAAUUGGAGAGGGAGGAUUUGGAUGUGUCUAUAAGGGUAUGAUUAAGAGUGUAGAGGAUUCGUCUGUGAAGGUAGAUGUUGCUGUGAAACAGCUAGGAAAAAGAGGUCUGCAGGGCCAUAAAGAAUGGGUUACAGAAGUUAGUGUUCUAGGAGUAGUGGAGCAUCCUAACCUCGUCAAAUUGUUGGGUUAUUGUGCCGACGAUGACGAAAGAGGCAUUCAGCGACUUCUGAUAUAUGAAUACAUGCCUAAUGGAAGUGUCGAAGAUCAUUUAUCUUCUAGGUCUAGGACACUUCUCCCAUGGGCUAUGAGACUGAGAAUAGCCAGGGAUGCGGCUCGUGGUUUAACCUACCUUCAUGAAGAGAUGGAUUUUCAGAUUAUCUUUAGAGACUUUAAAUCCUCAAAUAUACUAUUGGAUGAGCAAUGGAAUGCAAAAUUGUCUGAUUUUGGGCUUGCCAGGUUGGGCCCUCCCGAUGGGCUGACCCACGUCUCAACUGCGAUUGUAGGAACACUGGGAUACGCUGCUCCUGAAUACAUCCGAACAGGACGCCUAACAUGCAAGAAUGAUGUUUGGAGUUAUGGGGUUUUCCUUUAUGAACUUAUCACAGGACGGCGUCCUAUAGACAAAAACCGCCCUAAGAGUGAGCAAAGACUUAUAGAUUGGGUGAGACCAUACCUUUCAGACUUGAAAAAGUUUGAGCUGAUUGUGGACCCAAGGCUGGGUAGAAACUAUCCUCUCAAAUCCAUACAUAAGCUUUCAGUAGUUGCAAACAGAUGCCUAGUUCGACAACCAAAAUCACGCCCUAAGAUGAGUGAUGUCCUAGAAAUGGUGAAUCAUAUUGUAGGGGCAUCAGCUGAGUUGGCGGUUCCCCUACCAAUCAUGAAUCCAGACACAGAUGAAGCAUCCAAAGAUAACCGUGAGCAAAGAACUACCGGCUCAAAAUGUAAUGACGAUUGUUGGCUUGCUCGUUUGUGGAGACAUGCCUUUAGGAAGGCAUUUUGAUCACAUUAGUAUUAACCAUUGCUAAGAACUUAUUCUUGUGUAAACUUACACGUCAGAGACACAGAUAACUUUUCCAAUUGGCAGUACCUUCCCUAACCUGUGUCUUCUGAAUAGCAUAAAACCAGCGAGAAUCACCAUUUUGAGGAAUCAUUUGUGCAUUGGAAAGCAAUUGUGUAUAUUGGAAGUGAUAGUAAUUAUUGUUUGUAUUGUAUUUUGAGGAACUAAAGAUUCAUUGAUGAGUGUAAAUUGUAAAUUGGUUGUAAUAUUGGGGACGGUGAUGGAUUUCCUCCCUUUUGUAGUUUGAAGAGCUAAUUAGGUGCGGCAACAAGGUAGCAGUUUUGGGAGGUUUUUAGCAAGUGCUACUACUUUUGUACGCUUGUACGUUACAAAUUUGUGUAAUAUAAUUGAGAAAUUUAUUGUUACUGUACC